GCGGAAGCUGGACAGGGCCGGGGCCAGAGCUCAAGGGAGGGAUCUGAGACGCAGAUAAGGUCUCCCGGAAAAGAGGCCGCAACAGCGGGCGAAGACUGGGAGAGGGGAAUGGGUGGGACUCGAAGCGGGGCGGGGUUUAAGAGGACCGCGAACUGGACCUCCAGUAAAGGCCCGGGUUGGAAGCAGAGAGGGGCCAGGUUUAACGGGAUGGGCGUGGCGAUCCAGGUGGGGUUUAGGGGCGAAUCUAAAGGAACCUGGGGCAGAGCUGAAAGAGGGAAGAGUUUGGGAGACCGGGGGCCGGGUCUGCGGUAGACCCAUUCAGCAGGGUUCGGUGGCAGCAAUUCAUGUCCUGCCCCCCGAGUUCAUCUUGUCCCCUUUCGCCCCUAACAUCACCAGGUCUACACUCAGGCCCUGUCCCCUGAGCUCUGCCCUCGGAUGUCCGACCGCCCAGAGCCUGCAUGCGCCGUGGGGCGCCCCAGGACCAAGAGCUGGUGGGCCCAAGGGCCCCUGGCCGGGGGUCCCGGGGCGCCCCUUCUUCUUUGGGAACCAUUGUCCCGGUCCUUGUCUUUCCCCCGGAUCUAGUAUUUAGGGCAGACCAGCGGAGCGGUCCCCGGCAGCUGUUGACUCUCUAUAACCCCACAGGAACUGCACUUCGUUUCCGAGUUCUGUGCACAGCACCUGCCAAAUACAGGGUGUUUGACGCAGAAGGAUAUGUGAAGCCUCAAUCCUGCAUUGACAUUGUGAUUCGCCAUGUGGCUCCCAUUCCCAGCCACUAUGAUGUCCAGGACCGCUUCCGCAUUGAGCUGUCUGAGGAGGGCGCUGAGGCCCGAGUGGUGGGACGAAAAGACAUCACCUCAGUUCUGAGAGCCCCAGCAUCCCCCCUUGAGCUUCAAGGACAUCUGGAUCCAACACCCCACCCAGGGCCUCCUGCUGGGACAGCACCACCCACAGCCAGACACUUCCAGGAGAACUCCCACCAGCAACUGGCCACUAGCUCCUUCCUCCUGUUCUUGCUGACGGGGAUCAUCUCUGUGGCCUUCCUACUGCUUCCACUUCAUGAUGAACUUGGCAGCCAACUGCCUCGAGUCCUGCACGUCUCCCUGGGACAGAAGUUGGUGGCAGCCUACGUGUUAGGCCUCCUAACCAUGGUGUUUCUCCGGACCUGAGCCCCCUGCUCAAACUGCCCCCCUACCCCUGACCUGGGCAGGGACUUGAAACAGCCACUGUGAUGCCCUUACCUUGCCUCAACUCCUUUCUUCACCUUCCUGCCUACCCCACCCUCCAAAAAAAUACCCAGGGAUUUGUACUCAUUUUCCAAGUUCAAUAAAAUGCAUUUUUAAAAUGAAAA